CCCUGCGGCGCCUCCGCCCAAUGCGCUCCCCGCCCCUCGGCCGCCACCAGACGCCUGGGGCCGGGGAAGGGGCCGCCGCGCAGGGGGCAUGUGGGCUCGCCGCUGCCAGCGCUGCAGUUGUCCCCGGGAGAUGGCCAGUAACCCCUGUGCCAGGCAGCGUCCUGUACCAACUUGGAAUAGCUACUAGAAGUUACUGGGUAGCAAACUUUCAAGAUCAGAACUUACUGCUGAAGUAACUUGGAAAGAGAAGAAAACCAGAGUUGAAACCAUGGCAAAGAUAACUAGAGUUGGCUCGGCAUCCCCUCCAGAUGGAGGCUGGGGCUGGAUGAUUGUGGCUGGCUGUUUUCUCGUUACCAUCUGCACCAGGGCAGUCACCAGAUGUAUCUCCAUUUUCUUUGUGGAGUUUCAGACAUACUUUGCUCAGGAUUAUUCUCAAACAGCGUGGAUCCAUUCCAUCGUGGACUGUGUGACAAUGCUCUGUGCUCCACUGGGAAGUGUUGUCAGUAACCACUUAUCCUGCCAAGUGGGAAUCAUGCUGGGGGGCUUGCUGGCAUCUACUGGUUUCAUCCUGGGCUCAUUUGCCACCAACCUGAAGCAUCUCUACCUCACCCUGGGAGUUCUUACAGGUCUCGGAUUUGCACUUUGUUACUCUCCAGCUAUUGCUAUGGUUGGCAAGUAUUUCAGCAGGCGGAAAGCCCUGGCUUAUGGGAUUGCUAUGUCGGGCAGUGGCAUUGGCACCUUCAUCCUGGCUCCUGUCGUUCAACUCCUUAUCGAACAGUUUUCCUGGCGAGGAGCCCUGCUCAUUCUUGGAGGGUUCGUUUUGAAUCUCUGUGUCUGCGGCGCUUUGAUGCGUCCGAUUACUCUUAAAGAGGACCAUUCGAAUCCAGAGAAGAAUCAUGACCGCGGAACGCAGAGGGAAAACUGUAAACAGGCGUCUCCCUAUUCACCUUUGACCAAAGAAUGGGCACGGACCUGCCUCUGCUGCUCUUUGCAGCAGGAAUACGGUUUUUUACUGAUGUCGGACUUCGUCGUGCUAGCCGUCUCAGUUCUGUUCAUGGCUUACGGCUGCAGCCCUCUCUUUGUGUACUUGGUGCCUUACGCUUUGAGUGUCGGAGUGAGCCACCAGCAAGCUGCCUUCCUUAUGUCCAUACUCGGGGUGAUAGACAUUGUUGGCAACAUCACAUUUGGAUGGCUUACUGACAGAAGGUGUCUGAAGAAUUACCGGUAUGUUUGCUACCUCUUUGCCGUGGCACUAGAUGGGCUGUGCUAUCUGUGUCUCCCAAUGCUUCAAAGUUUCCCCCUUCUUGUGCCUUUCUCUUGUACUUUUGGCUACUUUGAUGGAGCCUACGUUACCUUGAUCCCAGUAGUGACUGCAGAGAUAGUGGGGACCACCUCUUUGUCAUCAGCGCUUGGCGUGGUCUACUUCCUGCAUGCGGUGCCGUACUUGGUGAGCCCACCCAUUGCAGGAUGGCUGGUGGACACGACCGGCAGCUAUACCGCAGCAUUCCUGCUCUGCGGGUUCGCCAUGAUGUUUAGCUCCGUACUGCUUGGCUUUGCGAGGAUUGUAAAGAGGAUGAAGAGAACACAGCUGCGGUUCCUGGCCAAAGAAUCAAAUCCCAAGCUGCCGCUAUGGACCAAUGGCUCAGUGGCCUACUCGGUAGCAAGGGAGCUGGAUAAGAAAGACGAGGAAUCCACCACUACAGCCGUGCCAGGCUGCAACCUCACGUGACCAGUGUGACCUUAUCCCUGGGAAUCUUCAAGGAUAAUGGACCUGAGGCCGCCGGGUUGUUCACAGUUUGGAAGUGUUUUAUUUUGACAGAGCAUCACCUCCCAAGAAAAUUAUGAAUACUGUUUUGCAAACAUAUUUAUAAGGGGAAAUAACCAGCAACCAAGAAAUCUGGAGUAGCCUAGAGUUUUCUCACUUAGGAUCUGUUCUCAUUGUAAAACUUAGCUCCACGGAGGAGGUCAGGGCAUAGUUGAUGGAAUUUACUGUAUUUAAGGGUAACUCCAAGGCAUAGCCAAAGCAGAGGCCACUGGGCAACAGUUUUGUCAUCAGAAAGACCCUGUCUCUCUCUUUCUUCUCAUUCUUUAGGACACACUGGGUGUGCUGGCAGAGAGUGAAGAUGCAGAGCUGGCUUUGGGUGGAGUACCUCAAUUUUUAUACACAGUAUAUGAGAUUCUUUGAAAGACAAUGGUUAAUAUGCAUCAGAUUAUCUUUUAUUAGUUUCCCAAUCAACCCUUCCCUCUUCCAAUGGGUAGACAUCACUUUGAGCGUCCACAUAAUCAUGAAACACCAUGGUUGGAAUGGGCUUUAAAGAGUGGCAGUGUUUCUAACCAAAACAGGAAGCUCGAUGCUCAGACUGUCCCUGCCACUCACCUGUCACUGCCACAUAAUACUCUAAAUUUAACACAACUUGUUGAGUGAGUGAUGGAGUAACUUCUCCAUCCUUUCUGAAAUGUGUGUAACACCCCAGGAGUCCCCACCUGGCAUUUGAACUGCAGACACAUUCCUAUUAGGGAUAGAAGAAUGUUGGCGCUACUCCAGUUGAGCAGUAGUUGGAUUCUUAGGUCAGCAGGGUGCCUGAUGGGAGUUUUCUUUGCAAACCAGUCAUUAGAUUCUUCAUUGUCCAAAAGAAGACUUGGGGUUUUUCUUAUCAUAGUGAGGUUUUAAAACUGGGAUUCCGUGUUCACCCCGCUCAUUUUCGGAUCAUAAUUAUAAACCUGACUCAUCGGUUUAGAACUGUCUGUUCAUUCUCAAAAACCCAAGUUUUCUGUGACUUGGAAUCGCUUAUGAGUUUUCAGAUGGGAGAAGAGGACAUGGAGAAAAAAGAGGGAGGGUGGGGCGGGGCCCCCAGUUUAUCUCCAGCUGUUUCAAAUCCAUAGAAUUAAGAGUCCCGAAUCCCCAAUCAUGUUACAUCUGGAAAGAAGUCAAGUAAUGCAAUUAAAAGGGGCGUCUUAACUAGUUAAGAGUUUAAAUCCAAGUCACAGGGAAACAUUUUGAUCUCAAAGGCCAUUUAACCUACUGUCCCCAAGAGGCCACAGAGUGGCUUUUUUUUUUUUUUUUU